AGCGGUUAAACGGCGCGGAUGCCUCGGUCGCCCAGUCAGUCUGGCCGGCAGACGUCAACGAGGAAUGACCAUGUGGUGCGAACGACUCGUCCUGUCCGUGGUCUCGCUGCUCCUUGCCGGCUCCUGCGCCGGACAGUGGGCCGUCGUCAAGGGCUACCGCGUCGUCAUGAAGGCGGAUAUCGUCCGAGACUUUCCGGGCAUGUGCUACGACGUGAGUAGCUGCUCGGCGAGGGCGGUCAACGAGAGCUGGGCCAUCGGCGCCUGCAGCAGGGCGGCCUGCGAGAUGGACGAAUCCGGCAUCCUGCUCGAAGUGCACUACACGUGCCCGCGGCUGCAGAACCGACCGACGCUUUUGUGCGACAUCAUCGAGGACAAGCGUCUACCGUUCCCGGCGUGCUGCCCGCGCAUGAUCUGCCAGCGCCACAAGAAGCAGCCCCCGCCAACGCAGACGCAACUCAAGCCCUUCACGCCACACGUCAGCGUCGACAAGGAGCUGCGCAAGAUACCUUUCGUCCUCAAGAGGUUCCUAGAGGUCCAGAACACUACUCUGCUGGACGCCAUCAUCCUCAACCGCAUCAAGGCGCUUGAAGCCGCUGCCAACGCAAGCGCUGCCGGAAACGGAACCACGGGUGAUGCUACAUUCCGUGGACCUUCGAACGUGGCUGAAAUGGUGGAAGCGGCGAUGCUGACUACGCAGGGUCCUGGUGUCACGACGCAGGACACCACGCCAUUCGGAACCACCGACGGCGCUGUCACAACGACGUCGCCUGUGCAGACGACACCGACUGAGUCCCCAGUUGAGAUCAUACGUGGUACUGGCUUGCGGAGUGCCUCCUUGCAACAAGAGCCGCGAAAAAGCGUGACGGUGCCAUCUGUCGGCGUAGAAGAUGACGACGAACUUUUUCUGAACGACGCUCCCGUCGUUCCAUCAUCGGAAGCAGAGUCAUCCACGAGAGCUCCGGAGACUCCCAAGACUACCACUACAGCAAAGAAGCAAGAGGAGGUCACCGAGCUGACCAGGACUGCUGCAUUCACAUCUGACCGCACAAACAGGCCUGCCGUGACUGUCACGACCGAGACGCCCAAGAAUGAACCAUCGACAGAGAUCUACGUUGAAACGACAACCAGGUCACUCGGUCUUACUGUUCCGGAGUCCAUCUUUGGGACCACAUCAUCGCCUUCGACGGAACUGCCACCUGACACUACGCCUGCUCCACCAGUGAUAAAGGAAACGACCGAACAGACCACAACAAAAGAGGAGCGAGGUGAUGCCGGAAAGAAGAGCGGCAACUUGCCGACAAUUCUCAGGUCCUUAGUAGACAACGUGUUCGACUACUACGACUACAUCGACUACUACGUUCCCGGUCAAAAGCGCAACCUGACACAACUGACUCAAGAGAGGCCGGGAGACCGGAGAAGGAUACCCGAGUCUAUGAUGGCGCUGGUCAAGGAACAACUGAGCAAGCAGAAGGACGAGAACGAGACGUCGCUAUUCGUCGAGGACCUUCAGGCAGAUCAGCCCGCACCAAAAAACAACCCUGAGUUGACCACACCAGACCCGGACAACCAAGAGUUCCAGAAAGAACUAGUCACCAAGAUGGCCGUAGAAAUUCCGCGUGUGACGAAGCAAGACGUUCAGGACGUGACGACCACCGCAUUCGCUAAAACGGAGACUGCGACACCAGAAGUCGCACGGGCUGACGUCUUAUUCACUAAAGCAGCUACGGCCACCGAAGCGACUGGUACAGCCACAGCUAGCAAGCUUGUUGCUGAUACGACGACUGAGCGCAACACAGACGCAACCACCCUAUCGACUGGAGGGGAUGAUACACUCACGCUGGUAAAAAGCGUCGCAACACAGUCGCGAGCUAAAGUGAACCUCGCGAUCGAGAAUCUUUCGUUCGAGAAACCCGAGGACAGGACAACGACUGGUUUUCCCGCAUCGACAGUUACAUCGGCAGUACCACAGUCUACCUUGGCCCCAACAACCCUAGGCAGGACCACAACUGUUCCUACCACACUCUCCACUCCAGUCUCAACACAAGAGGUGACGACGACGGCUGUCACGGCGACAAGGACAGCAGGUGCUUCGGAAAUUUCUAACCGGCCAGAGACAACCCUGUCUGCAAUUCGCUCUUACCAAGCCGCAGGAGAGACCGAGGCCGUCUUCGUCGGCACGACCAACGCUGAUCUUGCUAGAACCACUGCAACAGUGGCAACGACGCCCGUACCUCGGGGUACAGAGACGUCUACAACACCGCAAACAACCAUCGCUCAGCACACUACAACGACGACGACGGCGAGAAAUGUUGAAACGACGAGACUUGGCACAUCCACAGAAACUGCUGGAACGACAACGACCGGCACCCGCCAUCCGCAGACCGCAACGACGACAACAGGAUUCAGAACAAGCUCGGCUACCACCGAGACGACUCCGCAGGUGCAAACAACGAUUCAAACGCAGCCACUCCAGUCCGAACGUAACGACACUAUCCCUCUGCUCACGAGUCCCGAGCCCGCUACUUCCAGCGUCACAGAGCCAGCAACACCUACCACGCCUCCUUCAACCUCAACUAAGGCUUCGGAGAAGGCCCUCGGUGACGCCCCAAACACGGUGCGGGUGAACGCGCUGCAAAAGGACGGCGACCAGCAGCAGAGGUCCGGUAACUCCACGACCAAAGGCCAGGCCACACCGCCGACCAACAACAACGACGUUGAGUACAUUGACUACGUCUAUUACUACGAUUACAUCGACACUCCCGACAACUCGACAGCCAACGGUACCUCCUCCGCGAAUAGCACCGGAACCCGACAGACCAAACUGCAGAGGGCCGCAAAAUGAACGUCACGCUGGAUGGUGAAUCGACGAGGUGAACUGUUUCUUGUUUAUAUUUAAAUGCGAUCCUGAAUGAGGUAUUGGAUGGCGAGGUGUUAGAAACCACCUCUCAAGGAUGAAAAGUCGACUAAGAACUUUGUCUAGUCGGCAGGCAAAUUUAAGAAUCGUCUUUUUCCCCGUCUGGUGGAGUACGCCAAUGGCCACGAACUGGAAUGGUGUAGGUGGAAUGGUUGGCAGUGCGAGGUUGUAUAGUUGUUGUUUGUGAUGCAUUUCUGCACUUCUCUGAAGAUUAUUUACUUUCUUUUUGUCUUCCUUUCGUUUCAUAUUGCCCGCGAUAUGCUCAGGGCAUGAUUGUUCAGUGCCACUACUCCAUGUUAGUUUAAUGCAUCUUUCAGGCACUCUGUGUGAUACUUGAAUAGAGAUUUGAUCCGAAUGUCACGGACACCUAAGGCCGAGCGUUCUAUAGCCAGCUCGCCAGUAAUCUCUGCUCCUAAGGUAUGAAUGGUGAAACCAGAGGUCGGCAGCCAACCGGAGGUAGGUAGGGCUAAUUGCAUCUGGAGUAGCAUCAAGAGUACCAAUCAUACUAGCAAGCAAAUGGCGCAUAUUGUGCGCCUACAGUAUGCAAUGCUGAAAUGUCACCCACUUCGAUCAGCCCACAUUUUCACUUCACCUUUUGUUGCUUUCCUUCAGCUGCCUGCAGUAAGAUGCGCGUGAAUAAUUAAAUGAACUCGCCUUAGUGAAUUCCAUGUAACUACAACCUCAAAGCGGCGCGACAUGCGAAAGUGAUUCACAAAUUCAUUAACUACACUUUUUCUACCCCAGAAGUGACCACACUUUGAACCAAAUAAGCGCUACAGAUGUUUGUAUUGUUUGGCCGACGAAGUGCCAUAUGCACAUAUGGCGUCAAGUUUUGCGAAAUGGAAAAAUUGGGUGUGUCCUCGAUGGCCAGGUCGUCAGCGCUUUCAUUAUGUCAACUGGAAGUCUUGUUUUGAGCACGUUGUGACGCUUUCGGCUUGACGUAGUUAUUGAGAGGCAUCAUGUCUUGGAGUGAAUCUUUGCAGCUCCUACUUUGUAUUAUACCUUACAUGCGAUCCCCAGUCGCCAUUACUGGGCCUGCUUUAUGAUGUGUUGUUGAUACCAUAUUGCAAAUAAAAUGUUGUUAUGCGCUCUGCGA